AGGGCGACUGAGCAUGCGUGAAUAGUAUUACGAGUCCAUCGACAAGGAAGUACGACCUUACGUUAACAACAAUCGUGGCAUUUGUUUGAAAAUGGUGUUUUGAAUUUUUAUAUUAAAAAAGUGACUAUAGUACAGUCGCCUCAGUUAUGAACAGUGAAUUUGCAGCAGGUGUUGUUGAGGGUUUCUAUGGCUUACCAUGGACCUCGGAGCAGAGAAAAAUCCUAUUUGGAUGGAUGCAGAAAAUGGGGCUUAACACCUACAUGUAUGCCCCAAAGGAUGACUACAAACACAGAGCUUGCUGGCGUGAACUCUACUCUGUGGAAGAGGCUGAUAACCUAACCAGUCUAAUUGAAAGUGCUCACCAGAAAGGUGUGUCAUUUGUCUAUGCAAUAUCACCUGGACUGGAUAUCACCUUCUCAAGUGCUAAAGAUGUUCAAGCAUUAAAACGCAAGCUUGAACAGGUAGCAGCAUUUGGUUGUCAGGCAUUCUCUAUCUUAUUUGAUGAUAUUGACCCAGAGUUAUCAGAUGUGGAUCAGAGUGUUUUUGCUUCCUCUGCUUGUGCUCAAGUGUCUUUAGUCAAUGAUCUGUAUCAGCAUUUGAGUCAACCAAAGUUCUUCUUUUGUCCAACAGAAUAUUGUGCUUCUAGAGCUCGGCCAAGUGUUCUGUCUUCAGAAUAUUUAAACACAAUUGGAACUAAGCUUCUGCCAGGCAUAGAAGUUUUAUGGACAGGCUGCAAGGUUAUUAGCAAGAACAUUACAAUUCAGACUUUAGAGGACAUUACAACUGCUCUCAGGCGUGCUCCUGUUAUCUGGGACAACAUUCAUGCUAAUGACUAUGACCCUCGUCGAGUUUUUCUGGGGCCAUAUGAUGGCCGCUCAUCUGACAUUUUGCCAUAUAUCCGUGGUGUUUUGACAAACCCAAACUGUGAAUUUGAGACAAACUUUAUUGCGUGUCAUACUCUUGGCCAGUGGUGCAAGUCUAACCCAGAUGGUGUGAAGAAAGACAUAAUUGCAAGUGAGCGUCUGAGUCCAGUGGCAGCAGACAUUAAACUUGAAACAGAAAGCGACUUGGGAUCUGAUGAUGAUCUUCCUUUAUACAUGGGUAAACACUACAAGCCUCGGCAAGCAUUAAAAGUAGCCAUGAGUGAGUGGAUCACAGAACUUACUACAGUGAGAGACCCACCCAAGCGCAGAUUGCCUGCAGCUGUGCUCCCUGCUGCUCUUUUGGCUCCUGUUGUGUCUAAUUCAACAGUUAUAGUUUCUACACCAAUUUCAGCUGCCUGUGCUGCAGCUUCUUUGGCUACUGGCUCUGUUCUGGACAGUUUGGCAGUGCAGAUAGUUCCAGAAGGAGUAGUGGCUAAUCCAUCAUUUUUACAACCACUGUCACAACCUGUCAACAGCUUGGCAUUGGAUUCUUCAUCUGAUGUAUCAGAUUCCCUGUCGGACUCUGGCUCUGAAACGGAGCCCAUGGAUGGUGUUCAGUCUUCCAGUGUAGUGCUUGUUCCAUCAAACCUGAACACAUUACCCAAAGCUUCCACAACAGACAGGCUGAUGCAGUUGGACCUGGAGGGAAGAGAAAACACUAUUAAAUUAGAGAGCACCAUUGUCAUUGAGGUGCCUGAAAAUUGUGAUUCAUCCAGGAACCAUAUUUCCUCUCUAACCCCAACCUCCGUCACAAUCAAAGAUCUGAUGCUUCUUGUAGACUUGUUUUAUCUUCCAUUCGAACAUGGUUCAUCGUCUCUUCAGUUCUUGCAGAAUCUUCAUUGGUUAGUGACAAAUGCUCAUUGUGUUCAAGAACCCAACAGGAGAAAUCCAGAGGGAAAAGAAUGGCUUAAGAAAGAGAAAGAGUUUGAAAAGAGUGUCCUGGAGCUUGAUACUCUACUUGCACGUCUGUUGGUUGGCCCUAACAAAUCCCUUCUCUGUGACAUCUAUUCCUACCUUUGGGAUAUGAGAGGUCUCUUCAUUAUUUGCCUGAACUUUGUCAAAUGGCUAGAACUUGGGCUUGUGUGCAACACCACAGCAUUGAUUAACAGUGGAUUUGCAACAUGGUUUUCUAAGGGGUAUAAAGAGGCCUUUACCAGCGGAGACCAAGAACCCUGGGUUUUCCGCGGAGGCCUUCAAGCUGAGCUGCAACGGCUCCUGCCCAUCUCAGCAGCCCAUGACUUAUUUAUGUUGAAACCCCCAGACUACAUUAUAACUGAACUGUACAACUUCAGACCAUACCAACCUCAAGAUAAGACAACAGUGUAUGACAUAUGUUUGAAGACCUGUGAUGAUGGAAUGGAUGGGAGUAAUAUCUUUUGUGGAGUGCCCUCACUUCUUGGCGACAGGUUGGUGGGCAACUUCCUAGCAUAUUCACCUGAGUUCUGCUUUGUGGCAGAAGACAGUGAGAGCAUAUGUGGUUACAUCCUGGCUUCUGUUAAUGCUAAGGAGCUAGCUUCAAAAAGCAAUAACCUUUGGGUGCCUGCAAAAAGAAAGUAUCCUAGACCAGAGAGAGAAGAUUUUUCACCAUCAGAUGAAGUAAUCCUGAGUUUCUACAACGAGACCCUGGAUGUGAAAGAUGAGGUGGCUCAGUGCUACCCCUCUGUAUUGCGGCUGGAUGUUUUGACACAUCGCAUUUUAGAUCCAGCCAUACCACGCCGUCUGCUUGCCUGUGCUAUGUGUGUUUUGAAAGCAGCUGGAUCACACGGAGUCCACACAAAGCUAAACAUAAGUGAUAAAUAUCUGGUUGACUUCUAUGCUAAGUUAGGGUUUUUCUCCAUCACCACGUCUGAUGGACCUGAUGACAUUAUUUAUAUGGGCAGAUUGAUAUAGUGUACUUGCUUUAAAGUUAUCCCAUUGUGAUUUUAUGUGAAUAGUGACCAUUUUCUCUUCCCCUCCCCUUUUUAAGGUAAGAACAGUACUUUGCAGAAGAGAAUGUACAUUUUGUCAUGUUUCAAUCAUGUGCAGUGUCCACUUCAUGACCAAUUCAUAUUCUUGUACUGAUUGUAGGUAUGUACUGUGUUACAUUGUCAACACUCACAAAUGCAUCUUGCCUUGGUUCAAAAUUCUUUGACCUGGCUAAAAUGAAGACUACAAUUAAUAUGUGUUAAGUUGUUGUGUGUGUAGGGUUUCUUAAAUACAGAAAUGUAGGCAUGCAGCAACAGCUUAAAGAUAACUUCUACAGCAGGCUGCUGAAUUUGUUUAUAGUUCAUUGUCUGUUUCCAAGUUCUUUAUUUGUCUUUUUUUUCCUUCUUUUAAUCUAGCAUUUUCUUAAACAAUCUGGUAAAGAUGCUGAACUAAUGUAUUGGUUUGCUUGCUGUCCAGCAUGUUGAUUCAUACAAUGCUUAAAGUUUAGGUGUUAUUAUAAGACAGGGUCCACAGAGUUCUUCACUCAGUUUGUACUAGAAAUUUUGCUAAGACCUUUUUUGUAGAAGGGUGAAUGAAAAGUGUUUUGUCUAGAGACCUCAUGCUGCAAUAUUUCUCAAGAUCUGCAUUGUACAGCAAAAUUCUUGAUGACAAUCACUGUAGCAUAAAGUGCUACUGCACUCUUUUUCAGAAAUGCCCAAACAGAAUAGAUAAAGGUGUUUGGGGAUAAUUUGGAGAUCAGGGCAAGUUGUGUUUUCGUUUUUUUAAUUUAAUGUUUACAAAGGAGGCAGGCAUAUCAGAUUUGCAAAUUUUCUUCCUAAUGAUGGGAAACAUUGCUGUCAUUUAAACUAAGCUAGUAGCGUCACUAAAAAUGGACCCUUAUUAGAAUUUGGGGGUGAGGGAAAGUUGCAUACAGUUAAAUGUCCACUAAUGAUGUGAAUUCAGGCGAGUACAUUUUAAAAUUCAUGUGCUUUCUGAAAGCGUACUCAGUCUGAAGAAUGGGAAAAAUGUAGAGGAAUUGAUUUUGAUGAACUUAGUUUUGCUAGGGUUAAAAAAAAGUAUGUGUACUACAAGACGUGUUCCUCUGUUAAUGCAUUUACUUUAAACUACAACUUAAAAACUAGUUCAGCUGCUAAGCAUUUAAUGCUUAAAGUAGUUGCACAAACUUGUGUAAAUUUCAUGACAUUAACUUGCUGUGACUGUGAUCUGAAUUUAUGUUUAUACAUGGUAUUGUAUUUUAAAAAUAAACUUACAGAGAUCACUU